GAGCCAUUUAUCACAACCUUUUCUAGCAUCAAUUAACCACCUCUAAAAAUCUAUGACGAAAAAUUUCCAGGUUUGAAAAGAAAAGUUUUCAGUCCUCUUGUCAAUUUGCAUCAUGAGCUUCAAAAUCGUACUCGUCCUUGCCAUUAUUGGCAUUGCUCGCAUAGACGCUAAAGCUGGAACGCUAGGUCGUGACGGUGUUAUUUCUGACGUUGAUUACUACGACUGUUUGGACAAACCUAACGGCCACGAAAUUCAUCCGUGGGAUUGUACGAGAUUCAUCCAUUGUGACAAUGGGCGAGCUCACGAUAAGAGCUGUAGUAGGUGCAACGUCGAUCCUGUUACCUGCCCCGAAGGGUGGCUGCAUUUCGACUAUGAGGAGGACAAAUGCGAAUAUGCGGAUGUGGCAGGAUGUCAUGUUAGCGGGAAUCAAACGAGACCUGACCCACCUACUGAGGCUCCAGAAGAAGUUCCUGAAGAUGAAACCACGGCGGGGCCAGAGGAGCCAGUCGCUGAUCCCCGUUGUCCCGUAAAUUGCGAGUACGAACCUGUAGGAUGUGAAUGUGCAAUCUUUUACCAAUGUCGGGAUGGCGUCUAUUCAGAAUACAACUGUCCAGCUGGUCUCCACUUUAACGCCGCCACCAAGGCCUGUGAUGUUCCAUCUGAAGCAGGCUGUAAUCUGAACCCGAAGACCUGUUGUACUUGCCAGUACGCCGGCACCGCGGCUUGCUCACCUAACUACGUUUUUCAAGACUUCAACCGUUCCGUCGAAUAUACUGGAGAUCAUCACUGCAUUCGAGAAGCUCGAGUUUGCGGAACAGGUCUUGUGUGGAAUUCGGGUGCCAAUAAUGCCGAUGGUGCGUGUGACUUUAAGGAGAACGUUCCUGCAUGCGCAUCCACUUAAUACCCUUUUACAUAAAUGAUAAGUUAUGAAGUUUCAAUAAAUUAAAAUAAUGCAUUCAUUAAACCCA